AUGUUAGAACAUUUCUUUGAAUGCUAUUUCGAUCUAAGUGGUCUUAUUCUGUGUCCCGUGCUAGGAAGCAUUAUGAUUCUUUUCAUUCCAAAUUCAAGAAUACGACUGAUACGAUUGAUUGGUCUGUGCGCUUCUCUUAUUACUUUUUUGUAUUCCCUUGUUCUUUGGAUACAAUUCGAUCCUUCUACGGCCAAAUUUCAAUUUGUGGAAAGCCUUCUCUUGCUUCCUUAUGAAAACAUCCAUUUAGUUAUGGGUAUAGACGGUCUCUCAUUAUUCUUCGUGAUAUUGACCACAUUUCUGAUCCCUAUUUGCAUUUUAGUGGGUUGGUCUGGUAUGAGAAGUUAUGGGAAAGAGUAUAUUAUUGCAUUUCUCAUUUGUUCAUUUCUAAUGAUCGCCGUGUUCUGCAUGCUGGAUCUUCUACUAUUCUAUGUUUUUUUCGAAAGCGUGCUAAUCCCUAUGUUGUGCGGAGCUGAGCAUCUUCUAUUCGCUGGGCUCAUUUCCUCUGCAGGGGCCUUGUGCAGUAAAGCCCCUAUGGGCGGUCCUCCGUCGUCGUAAAGUAGUAAAGGUCCCCGCGAAGCUUUCGGGAAGAGGGCUAGUCUUGUGUGUAAGCAUAGCAUUUCUGGUCGAACCACCGAACCACACAUCUUUUUUUGGUGGGAGGGUACUCCGAGUAGUGGGUACCUCGUAGGACCUCGACCCGCCUACUCGGGUCUUGUAUGGAUAUGCAGGAAGGGGUGCUCCUAGGUCUGUGUAGGGGGUGUCUUUGUUCGCGAGAAUGGAUUCCUCGUCAAGUCAGGGGGGUGUGGACACACUUGCGCGAAUUCGGGUAAGGGCUACAAGGGAUAAAAAGAAAGGGACGAGCGAUAGCGACGUGGCCGACCAGGGAUGGACGUAAACUCGUAAGCUACCGAGGGUAGGGAUAAUCGUCCAGGUCUUCUUGUUAAACAAAGCGCCCCGCCACAGCAGGCAGGUUGCUUCCUCUGUCGUCGCCGGGGAGCUCUUUGCGAGUAGACCUUAGGAGUUCUUGCUAAAACUAAGGGAGGGGAGGAUCGACCCGUUCAGUAUAAUUCCGAAGAAAGACUGUUGGCGUGGAGACAGAUCUUUGGCCCCCUUCAAAAGAAAUGCGGGCAGGGUAGAGCUCGGGAGAGGGUUCGAGAAUAGGGUAGGGUCUUGUCCUAAAGAUGAAGAUCAAAAAAGGGGGGGGUCCCGCAUGCAUCUCCGUACAAGUGGAGGCCGGAAAGAUCAAGAUCAAACAAUUGAACCGCUCACAUCACAGUAGUCGUAGUUGCGUAAAGGCCGUCAGUCGGGGGCCCACGGAGCGGUGCUAUGCCUUUCACUGAUCUCUCUCUCUCUAUCUAUAUCUAUCUAGAGAGAUCUGCUGCGUGAGCAACCCGACUGUGCGUUACAUGUGCUCUACAGGCCGCACUCAUCUUCCCAACGACAACGAGCCAUUUUUUUUCUUUCUUGGCGGGUUGGGUGACGGUCGGGCCCCCUACCACUAGUCCGGCUAGCUAGUGAGCGGUUCUUUCGGGCGGGAAGCAGGCCGGGCCCUACGGGCGGGCAUCUCCCGCUACGCAAGCUGCAUUGUUCGCCAUCACCCGAGAAGCAAAAGAAAAGAGAGUCAAGGCGAAAAAGACAAGCAUAGCAUAGUGGUCUAAUGACAAGGGCCGACGUUGGAAGCUCGGGACGGAGCCGUAUGAAUAGGAAGUCUCACGUACGGUUCCCUGAGAAGGGAGUGGCUACCCACUUCCGCUUCGACCAAGCACCACCGGUCAAUUCCGCUUUGGGGCCACCCCUUACUCUACCAUUAUAAUUGGGGUAUGGGGUUCGAGACAAAGAAAGAUCAAGGCAGCAUAUCAGUUUUU